UCCUUGAACAAGACUGCAUUUUCCAUUCUGAAUAUUUUAAGGCAAGGACUGAAACGUGGUCGUUUCAAUACGCCGAGGUGGGGGGCUGUGGAACGUUCAAAAUAGUGCAACAGGAGUUUCCGGUCCGGACUCUUCUCGACCCGUGGCCCUGGGUCCAUGAUUGACAAACACCAAAUUAUGUUACACGCGCAUACACAGAAACUUUCCUCAAAUUCGACGAUUUUGAGUUUCCCUCGCUUUUAAAUUUUUGUUCACAGUAGCUGUUUAUCUUCAGGCUUCAGUCUCACUAUUCUAGGGUUUCCAGCUUCAAGUAAACUGACAAGUUCAAAUCUUCAUCCAAAGUUUUUCACUUUUUUUUUUUUUUUUAAAUUUUGCUCUCAAUUGCACUGUUAAUCUGUAAAUACAAGGCUGAGAAUUGCAUCUAAUUGGUGGCCGGAGCUGAGAUCGUGGGUGUAUAUGCAAUCCCAAACCCUAACGUCCAGCUAGAAAAAAACGACUCGUCAUCAGAGUUCCUGGGUCUACACUUUCAAUUUCAUACUUGCAAGUUUGGAAGACCCAAAAUUGUCUCUAUUCACAACAUUUCUUUCUAAAUUCGAGAGAAAUUGCAAGAACGAAAAAGAGAGCAUCAAGAAUGGCAAAUUACUAUGACAUUGAUGAUAUCCUUGCGGAGGAAGAGUUUGUUCCAGUUGUAUUCCACAACGCAGUAAAUGGAGUAAAAAUUGAUGAAAGCACUGAAAGAGGCUAUGUGGAACAAGGUUCAAAGGCAGAGCUACCGUUUUGGCUUGCUCGUGAGUUACACUUGAGACACGCUGUAUCAAUGAGAGUUCCUGCAUGUUUUAAUCAAAAAACAAGGCUGGAAAUGCAGGCUGAUGCGGCAUGUGUGGAUCUAAGAUCUCGCUGUCCAUACUUCUAUGAAUUUGGAUGCAAGCUGGCACCUCUGUGUGAUAAAACCAUUGGAUUGUUGCUCUCUUAUUCAUUUAGAAUCCGCUAUAAGGAGGUCCUAUACAAGGCACACACUAUAGCAUUCGGAGCAGCCACCAAAUUCUUGGCACUUUUAACAAAGGAAGAAACCAAUUUGUAUGAGGCAGCUCAAUCCUCCAUGGUCGCCUUCAAGAGAUGGCGGAUGGGGGGCCCCAGAUUGCAAAGAGCUUCAAUUCUUGGGAGGAAAAGAAAAGCAACAGAGUAAGGUCUAUUACUAAUCAGCUGUACUCUUCAUUCAGACACUCUUGCUGCUGUUAAAGUGUGUCAUGUGAAUUGCACAUGAAAUUUGUACACACUCAUAAAAAAUAAUGUGAAAUACUUAAUACUGAUUAAUUCAUUAGACUUUCCCUUUGUGUGCGUGUGUUUUUUUAUUUUUAUUUUUUUUAUAAUUUUAGAAAAAGAAAAUUUAUUGAUUAUUGACUUUCACGUACUUAUUGUCUCAAGAGACCUGUAAUAUCCGGAAUGGACGAGGGGUCAUGGGUAUGGAAUUGUUUACUUUUCUCAA